UGACGCUAGAGUAAUACACAGUCAGACACUUGUCAGAGACGCCUGCAGAGGGCAGUGUUGCGCACGCCGGUGAGAGCUGUGUAGUGAAGGGAAGCCCGGCAUUAGCCCUGCCCUAUUUCCUGUAUUGUAGGCUGACUGAGAGUGAACUAUACACCAUCUACUGGGCGAGAGCACCAGGAAGUGCCCGGGACAAGGCAUUAAGCAGCAGACACUUAUUAUUGUUUGUUGAGGAUCAAACUUUCUCCAAAGAAAAUGGUGCGAAUUUUGGCAAAUGGUGAAAUUGUUCAAGAUGAUGAUCCACGUGUGAGGUCAAAUGCCAACCGCAGCAAUACUCGGCAGGGAUUGUUUAACACAGCAGGAAAUGCUGGAACAGGACCACAGCAGGUUCCACAAGAAGAGAGAAGGCAGGAGGGGCGCUCCCCUUUUACUGACAUUAACCAGCAAUUGGUGAACAUGGGUUUUCCACGCUGGAAUCUUGGAAGCCAAGUGGUAGAGCCAGUCAUGUCUAUUCUCUUCCUCUUCCUCAUUCUAAUGAUGGGGGUCCGUGGCUUGCUCCUAGUUGGUUUAAUAUAUUUUGUAUCACACCUCAGCCAGCGGUAAGCAUAGCACAGGCACAUAGAAACUGGAAGAUAAGAAAACAACUUUGUAUGGUUAUGAAUAGCAGUGUCAUAACUUUUUUAGUGGACCAAUUCAGGAUCUUCACAGAAGAGCCAACGUUCAGAACUUUAGUAGACUUCUAAUGGAUGUUGCGAACUGUGACCAACUAGUUUGCUGUAGGACCAAUGAUCAGUAAUCUGAAUAUCAGAGAAGGUGACUUCUAGGAAGCUUGAUUUUCAGUCAUGUAAUGAAAUGGAGCCAGAUAAUUAUACAUUCCUACUCUCCCUAUUUUACAUUUACUCUCCCAACAUUUGUAUACUGAAAUCAAAGUCUGCAACAAUUGCAUGCAUGUAUAACCAUAUCGUAUAAAAUGAUUUUCUACCUACAAUGAGCAUUUUCAUUGUUAGCAGUCAAGGUGUCUAAUGUUUGAGUCAUUAUAGAAAAAGAAGCCAAUCUUAAUUCUUACAUAAGUGAUGUAAUAUAAUGUAAAGUAAUACCCCAAAUUUAUUUAAAUAAAUUCCUAUUCUGUCCUACUAAUAAAAAUAAUAUAUAUAUAUAUAUAUAUAUAUAUAUAUAUGUAUAUAUGUAUAUAUAUAUAAUCUCCAACAGAAAAACUCUGGCACGCCUGACGCCUAGACAGUUUCCUUGCUCCUGUUUUGCCAAUACACUAUUUUGUGGUUACAAGA